AUGCGGAUCCCGGUGAGGCAGGUGAGCGGCAAGGUGCUGGUGCUUGAGGCCUCGCCCGAGACGACGAUCCGAGAGCUGAAGCGCCAGCUGAGGGCCUGGCAGGACACCGAUGAGCUCACGAGGAAGAUGACGACGGUGGAGCUGGUCCUGGGAGAGACCAAGUUGCUGAACGACCAGACGGUGGCCGAUGCCUUGGGCGAUGCGCUGUCCUCGAGUCUCUACGUGGUCUUCAGCGUGCAGGAGGUCGAGUGCGCCCGGCGGUGUGGCGAUCUGGAGGAUUUGCGAGUGGUGAAGGUUUCUGGACCUCAGAUUGAGCCGAGAGCCUUCCAGGAUUGCAACUGCUUGGUGAGUGUCACCCUCACCUCGGUGCGCCGCAUCGGUGCCCACGCCUUCGAAGACUGCAGCGCCCUGGAGCUCCUGUCGCUCCCCGAGUCCCUGGAAGUCCUGGGAGCCGAAGCCUUCCGCGGCUGCGCGCGCCUCCUGCAGGUUCAUGUCCCGUCCCGCGUGCGUGUGAUCCAGAUCGGAACCUUCCAGGGCUGCAGCUCCUUACGAGAAGUCACGUUGCCGGAGCAUCUGACGGAUGUAGAGGCAGGAGCCUUCAAGGAUUGCAUCUCUUUGAGCCAGGUGAGCCUGCCGGGCUCCGUCACCCACAUCGAGGAAGGUGCUUUCUGGGGCUGUAGCGCCUUGAGCUCCGUGGAGAUCCCCAACUCCGUGACCUACAUUGGCAUUGAUGCCUUCUCUGGAAUUGCUGGGGAGCUCCCUGCCUGGGCGGUUGCUCUGGCCAAGGCUGAGGAUGAAAUGACCAGGACUUGCAGCUGA